UACCUCACAAAACUCCUCUUCGGAAGGCGCACAACAAUCUAAAUUGGACGAUAUUGUUUGUACCGUAUGUCACUAUGGACGAUCCCCGAAGCAUAAUCGGAUAGUCCUGUGUGAUAAAUGCGACGUCCCUUAUCAUCAACAGUGUCAUGUUCCACCCAUUGAGGAUCGUGUCGUUGAAAUACCUACCGCAGAAUGGAUAUGCUUAAGGUGUGAGGAGAUGAAAGGUCGUAAACGCAGAAAGGUUGGAUCCCGCGCAUUUGCAUGUAGUAAUAAUGAACGAGAUGUUUCUGGAAGCGGAUUAACCGAAGAACAGGAACAAAUCGCAAAUAAUGCUCACACCCCUAUGGCAAACAACGAUACUAUAGAUAAUCGAUCUGCGCAAAAAGAUUCCUUUCCUCACCCAUCGGCCGUUCCGCAAGUAUCAAGCAAACAAAGUACCAAGAGCUACGCAGAUAGCACAGACCCUUCACGUGCACAUCUUCCGGCUGUUGGAGUUGAUUUACCAUCGUAUGAGGAAAUGAUUGUUCAAGCACUUUUAUCAAUUGCCGAUCCGGCGGGCCAGCAAAAGUACGCUCAAAGAAUUCGAAGAUACUUUAAAAAACCUCAGAGUUCAAACGAGCAGCGAUCUUACAAAGACGAUAUUGUACCAGAAGAUGAUCAAGAAGGAGUGUAUGAGAUUGCUGUGAGAAUGGAAGACCCCGACAAUUUCACUUCGGCGCAAGGAAUAGAGAUGGAUGAUCAUCCAAGUGUGUCUUCUUCGGCAGUAUCAACCCCAGCCCCACAUGCCAUUUCAAGUGGUCAUACGGAAGCAACCUCUCCAGAAGAGAAUUCGUCGAUGGACGAUACUUCGGGCAAGAUUGUACCAGUUUUGGUUAAUGAACCUUCGAACCCCAUGAGCACGAUGAUGCAAAAUCAAUCAAUAUUGCCACCGCGUCAGCCUACCCACCACAUUACUUCCUCCCCCAGUACAACCAACGUUGCCUUCUUUAAGCUCAGUGGCUCCUUAUUUUAG